GGAGUGAGGAUAUACCAGAGCAGACGCUAGGUGGAGCCCUGAAGCAGAGGCAGGCUGUGUGUGUGCUGUAUGUGUGUGUGUGUCUCCAAGUCGCUCCCUCCGCCAUCGCUGCCGUCAUCUAAUACUACAUCGCUCCUCCGCGUCGAGAACCACGCAGUGAUGUCCAUGACGCAGAUUGACCGGGAUGGACUUCGUGAUGCCUACAGCGAAGUCCGAGAUGACAAGUCUGAGGUCAACUGGGCUGUCUUCAAGUACGAGGGCAGCCAGGUGAUGGUGGCGGCCAAGGGCGAGUCCUUCGAUGACUUCAAGGCUCAGUUCGGCGAGGACGAGCGAGCGUUUGCCUACAUCCGCCUCCAGACUGGAGAUGAGAUGAGCAAGCGAUCCAAGUUCCUGCUGGUGACGUGGGUCGGGCUGGGCGUGUCCCCGAUCAAGAAGGCGAAAAUGUCCACAGAUAAGGCGCUGGUCAAGGAAAUCUAGCUGUAAAACUUCGCGGUGGAGCUGACGCUGGAAAGCCUGUCGGAAUUAGACGUGGAGGCCUUCAGGCAGGAGCUUAUCAAGGCUGGCGGAGCUAACUAUGGCACCGGCAUCCGCGAGUAGCACCGUAGCACCUAGGCACUGGUCGAGCCACAAGGGGACAAGAGAGCCACAAGCACCGUCUCACUCCAGCUGGGACUAUUAACUUUAUCCAACUGAAUCACUGGGUCUGUCCAUCCAAGCCAUCCAUGUUUUGAUCACGUGUCUCCAACCUGUUGCUUGUAGAUCAGGUGCCGCCAGUAGGGUUCUAUUCAUGAGGCCAGCUGUGCCCUAGGUCCUGCAUCGCAUCGCAGCACAUCGGCGUGGUCCCACCUGCGUCUCUGGCGGUGCUCGAGGCCGCGGUGAGCCCUUGUGGUAUCGGCUGUCAGGGAUCUAAUCAUUUUUAGGGCCUUAGAAUGAUUCAGUUUCUUGUGGGUUUCAGUAUUUUCAUUUCAUAUAACUACGGUGCUCCAAUCCUUGCCGGUCCCUCCCCUGCCAGCCAACCAGUCAGAACUCUGGUCAGAGUAUUUUCACUAUUUCAUCUGAGUUUCAUGCAGUAUCCCCUCCCAUCCCCGCAAAAGAUAUUUAAUUACGCACAUUUGAAUUAUCCUCUGUUCCUUUGUUCACUCGGUGCUGCGGAAACAACUAUAGGGACAAUCUCAGACCCGUAGCUUAGCAUACAUCUUGCAUUAGUGGCUGGAUUGAAUGUCUGAUGCCUUGAGUAGAUGAGAUCAUGACGCGACUUAAUUGUUAUUUUUUAUAUGCAAAUAUCUUGUCACAGUCCUGACACAGACUCUGGUUUUGUACUGAUCAAUUGGAAGAAACUAAAAUUGUAGAACUAAAUGCUAUAAAUAAUGAAAAGUAGAUUGUUAA